UAGAUAAAUAGAUAGAUUUUAUCAAUUUGUUUUCCAGGACGAGGAGGAGCGAAGGAGGAUGUCGAACGAUGAGGAGAAGCCGUUCGCGGUGGAGAGGGCGAAAAGUGGGCGGGCCAAAUGCAAGAAGUGCAAGUGUCCGAUAGAGAAGGACACAGUGAGGAUCGCCAAAUUGGUCGCGAAUCCGUUCACGGACGGCAAGAUGAAAGCGUGGCAUCACUUGACCUGCCUGUUCGAGGUGUUCGCGAGGCAGAGGGCCACCACUAAAAGGAUAGACGAUCCCGCGGUGGACGUGAGCGGGUGGGAGGAUCUGAGCGAGGAAGACAAGGCGACCGUCCUUCGUAUGAUCGAAAAGUUCGAAAAGGAUUCGAAAAAUCACACUCCUAAGGGGAAAGGGGUGGAGGCGAGGAAACGCAAAAGUGAGAUUGGCGCGGAAUCCGAUCCUUCCCCGAGCAAAAAAACGAAGAAAAAGAAGAAGAAGAAGAAAGAGGAGAAGGAUUCGGUAUCCUCGAGCGAGGAGGAAGAAACGGAUAGCUCCUCGGCGACGAAGAGCCCGGAGAAGAGGACGACGAGAGACGAUUCGUUCGAAGAAUUUCAACGGGUUUGCAACGACGUGGCAAGGGUGGACGCGUACACGGAGAAAACGGCCGUCGUGAAGAGGAUGUUCAACAAAGGGUCCGAAGGUGGUAAGUUCAGUUUUGAUCUCUGAAUUAUUAAUAUAAUGAUAAUCGAACGAAGAUCAAUUCUUUCGUCGAAUUCGUAAGAUUCGUUUUCCAAAUUGCUUGGAUUGAUUCGACUUGUUGUUGGUAUCCUCGAUAUCUAUCUGAUUUUAUUAUGAAACGAGUCGACGAUGAUCGGUCUAUGAAUAUUUCUCGAUCAUCCGUUUUUCUAUCUAGAACGACCGUCCCCGAGUCGUAUGUGUUGCGUGCAUGCGUGUAUGUAUAUACUUACUCGACUGUUUGAAAGUGUCUCGGUCGUUAUGCUUUUCUCUUUUCCCGAUGUUUCGAUCUUGUCGUCAGUCACGGGGGAAAAAAGCUCGAUUCGAAAACGAUUUAUCGUAUGUCUCGUGAUAUCAU